AUGAGUAUAUGUCUAAGUCCAGUUGAACUUGUUUUCGAUUUGACUCGUAAUAUUUUAACUCUUAAGAUCUCUAAUGUUGAAAUCGUCAAUCAAUUCAUUGAUUAUAAUACUUCUCGAGAUUUAUGGCAAGGGAUUGAAAAUCUCUUAAACAGUGGACGCGAUGAACUUCAAAUCUACGAUAUGAGUUCGACGGCCGCCACCUUAAGGCAAGGAAACAGUACCAUUGAAACGUACUUUGGAAAACUCAGUAUGUUAUGGAAGGAAAUUGAUAGACGUAUGCCCAACCCCAUGACUUGCCCUCAAGAUAUCACAGCAUUCAAUAACUUUAUACAGAGACAAAGGUUAUAUCAAUUUCUUCUCGGAAUAAACGAGAACCUUGAUAAAGAAAGAAGAGACUUACUCCACAUGGACCCUCUCCCAACAGUGGAUAUAGCCUAUGCCACCAGACGGGAAAUCUCACGCCGGAAAAUUAUGACCGGCGUCUCAUCACCGGGAAUAGAUCCCUUAGAGAUUGGGUCGGGUCUAGCAAUGAAAAACAAAAACUUCCCUCGCAACCGUGAAAGCGACGACCGGAAAAAACUCCGAUGUAGCCACUGUGGAGGGUCACGACAUACUAAGGAAGGUUGUUUCAAGCUAGUGGGAUACCCCGAUUGGUGGGAUGACCUACAAAAGAGGAAGGCCGCCACCAAGGCACUGGCACACCGGACCGGCGGCAAGGCCCACCUUGCAACUGCAGAUCACCCCAGUGAGAUCACAUCAUCAUAUUCAGGUAUGGAUUUGGAAAAAAGGGAGGCAGCCAUGACUGAACAGGGAACAAGCAAAAGGAAAGAGGAGAGAGAAAUGAGAGAAACGGCCACACAGAAAGGGGAAGGGAAAGGGUCACUUAUAACCCUACUCAACCCACCUUAA